AUGCUCAUUCGAGAUGGUAUAAUUAGUUAUACUAUUCCAGUAGACGGUUCUUCUAUUAACAACAGUGACGGAAGCGACUUAUCUUAUGACGGCGAAAACAUUGAUAGAAAACUGAUCGGUGGACUUGGACGUUUAGUUGUUGGAAUUUAUGUUGUAGACAAUUACAAGAUGGACAUUGGUUACGGCAAAGCUCCAACUUCUGUAACAUGGAACAUCAGUCCAAUGGGUCAGUCCUAUAAGUGUCGAGAAGCAGAUAUUGUACAAAUCCCUAGAUAUUGUUUGUACGUAGUAAGUAAACUUGGUAUGUCACAUCAGGGUGAAGUCGCCAUUUGUGAAACGAUGAACAUAAAUAUAACUGAAAACGGACGAGUGGUCGCUAAGACUUGUCCAUUAACGUCAACAAGAGAAAUUAAAUUCUUGUGUAGCCUUACCGACCUCGACUUAGAGCGCGUAUUUGGAGUAUGUCGAAACGAAUCAACACCGAACUGUCUAAUUUCGAAAGGUUAUUCAAUUAAAGUAGCAAAUAUAGCGGUGUGCAAUCCAGUGUACAAGAAAGACUAUAGUGAAAUUGGUAACGCACCCCCUAUUCGAUGGCUCCCGUGGGAAAGCAUACUACUGGAUCGAUACACAUGUCCCAGUUCUGUGUAGUUUUUUGCGGUGACAAUGUGGGAGCUGCUGAGUAAGGCACGAGAAAAGCCAUCACAUCUCACCAACGAACAAGUAAUACAUAACGCCGAACAAAUGUAUUACGGAGGAGAGUUACAAGUAUUAUUACCUAAACCAAACUUGUGCUCCGCGGAAAUAUACGAGCUCUUGUGCGAAUGCUGGAAACGUGAUCAAAACCACAGGCCCACGUUUAAGCAGCUCUAUCAUUUCUUGAAAAGGAGUCGCACAACGUAUUCGUGUGAAAUAGACAAACAACUACACAAAAUUUCACUUGUUUAGUAUUCAACAUUUGUGUGAUUUGUCUUGUUGAUGUAUAUAAAAAAACGUGUAACAAAUUCUCAUUGUUAAAUCUUGAAUUUUUUCUUCAUUUGCACUGUUCUUGAAUAAUAAUAAACUUCAUUUAUACAUAA